UUCUGGGCUUGAGCUCUUAGCUCCACUCGGCUAAUAUCUGUGUCUGCACUCUGAUGCUGCAGCUGAUAGUAAGACAUGCAGGAGUGAGUGGGCGUGGCUUCACCCCCUUCCUGUCAAAGUUGAUCCUCUGACGUUCUGAAGGCAUUUCUUUGAAAUUCCAGGGUAGAUGCAAUUCCUUGAAACUCGGGGGUUUUGUUACCCUUUAAGUUUCACUCUCCAUCAGCACGUCGAGUCCUGGGUUGAGUCCUGGGUGUAGUCGCGUGGGGAAAGUCUGACUCUUAUUAGUCCUGCAGAGUCUGUGCUCUGGAUUACUUGACGCUCCUCCAGGUUGGGCGCUCUGCGGCUCUGUGGCUCGUCAUGAAGGUGCCUCUGCUCCCAGUGUGUUUGCUCCUUGCAUCAUCAGCAGGUGUGCAUACCUGGAGAUCCAAAGAGGUGCGUGUGAAGUCAGGUGAGCUGGUGGCGCUGCAGUGUCGAGGAGUAGAAGAUGAAGUGAUCUGGACCAAUCACACGGCUGGGGAGAGCGUCCUGACAGGUGUGGUGCUUCAUGGGAAGAGCCUUGUGAUACUCAGUGCUUCUGUGAACCAUCAGGGGAACUACUCAUGCUCUCCAAGGACAGACUGGUUCAUGCUGAGAGUUUACACCGCGCAGAGCGGAGAGUAUGAAGAGAGGAGCACGUACCCUAAAACCUGCUACACACAGGAGUCCUGCACGCUUCACUGUCCUAAUCUUAACAUCCCCAAUAAUGACACACCAAAUAUCACCAACCAUGGAAUCACAUGGAACAAGCAAGGAGAGUCUCUGCCAAAGGUUGGGUACUUUGCAAGUGUGGAGGAGAAUGACCGCGGUCUCUACACCUGUACCAGAUCCUUCCUGUACCAUGAUCAGAGGUACAACAGGACCUUUAGAGUGAACCUUGAUGUCCAACCACACAAGAAGCCUGAGAAAGCCGCAGCGAUCGUGUCCCCUCGUGACGGUGACGUGUUUCAUGUUGAUGUGGGCUCAGCAGCCGUGAUUCUUUGUAAAGCUGUUACUUUUCGGGACUCUGGAGACUCUCUGGUCUGGUUGAUUGGAGACUCGUUUGCGGACUUCUCGGAAAGCUCGACGGUUUCCUUUAAUAUAACAAGUGAAGGUAACCAUGAAGGCAGGAACAUCACAGCGUCACUGACCAUCAAUAAAGUAACUAAAGAGGAUUUAUUAAAUAAUUACACGUGUAAGCUGGAGUCUGAUGACCAGCCCUCAACCUUCGUCUCCAUCACUCUGGCUCUGAGAGAGCGUCCCUCCUACGUCUGGCUGGCUGUCAGCGUUGUCUGCUCCCUGGUGGGGAUGGUUUUAAUCACAGCUGUCAUUGUAAAGUUCAAAAUCAGCAUCACUCUGUUCCUGCGAGACUCUCUGGGCUGUCACAGAAACACCUCAGAUGGAAAGAGCUACGACGCCUUCCUGAUGUGUUAUCAGAGCGACACCGAGGUGGGACUGAUUGAAGAGGACAGAGAUCGCCUGAAGAGCGUCCUGGAGGAGGACUUUGGUUACAGUCUCUGUCUAGAUGAUCGGGACGUCUUACCUGGGAAAGCUGUGGCAGAGGCUGUCUUAGAUUGCAUAGAGCAGAGCCGAACGGUGGUCCUGGUUCCCACCUCUCCAGAUCCUGGCCUUGGAUCUGGUCUGCUGAGCGUCAUCCAUUCAGCCCUCGUUGAAAGAGAGACUCGCUUGGUUUUCAUCACAACUGAGUCCAAAGACGUGUCGGAGUCUGGCUCCGAACACGUGGCCUUACAGCUUCUCAGGGAGGCGGGAGACUGCGUCACAUGGAAAGGAAAGCGCUCCAUGUCGCUCUCCUCAUCCUUCUGGAAGCAGCUUCGGUAUCACCUGCCUGCCACGCAGCGUACCCCAAAGAUCAGGCUCUUACCUGUCUCAGUCUAGGUCCCAGAGGAGGGCACAGCUCAUCAUUUUAACUCUGAUAACAUUAAUUUGUCACUUCUGUUCCUAAGUUAGCGUUAAACCUGUGGAAAGUCUGACGGUCGGCCCCCUCCUGAAAGGAUCCACAUGAUCCAAGUCCAGUAAAAGAUUCAAUCCAAACACAUUAGAUCCAUAAAGAUCCCUAGAUUACCUCAAAGGCCCGCCUGCAGCCGCAUGAACUCAGUCCUCUCUGCUGCUGCUCUGAUUCAGCUCCUUAGAAUCCAAAGUUUGAAGAAAUGAACUCUGCUUUCUGGUUCUCCGUCCGCUCUGUGUGAACAGUAGGCCUCUGCUUUCAGGCUGUGGGUCGGGGUUACAUUAGGUCAUGGUCUGUGGGUCCACACAGAGUGAGUUGUAUUAUUAUGUAUUUUUAUUGAUCAACUAUCAACUGAUGGCUGUCUGUGGAGGUGAAGAUCCUCUUCCUGUUGUGUCGUUCGGAUGAAGGAGGUGUGAUCUUGUCAGCUGACGCUCUGGUCUCUCUCCGUGCUGUAAUGUUGUGCUGCUCUUCAUCUUAGCCAGACAUGUUGUCAUUGUUUAUUCUGAACAACACGUGAUGCUGUGAUGCCUUCAGGCAAUCGUUUGAACUGUACUUUAAAUAAACUGUGUUUUUUAUGCCGACA